AUGGCUGAUAAUUUGUUUAAAGUAACUGAACCAGAAAAUGAAAAAAUGUUUAACAGAAAAAUAUGGAAAAAUAUCGUUAAAAAGGAAUAUAACUCGUUUCCUGUUUUUAAUCCUGAAUACAACUAUAUUAAUAUAUUAUUAAAAGAUGCAGGUUACAAUAGGUAUGGUGAAGUUAAAUAUGAUGAGACUUUUCUUUACAAAUUACAUUUUUGUUAUUGGCUUUUAAAACGAGAAAAAUACAAAAUAUCAGACAAUGAUUCGAUAGAAAAAGGUAUAGAUGAUAUGAGUGUUGACGAUUUAUUUAAACCAAUUUAUCUUACUUAUCUUCGGAAUAAACGAAAUGGAAUGCCAG